UGGAGAGAGACGUGCUUUCAGUGAAGCAGAGGAGGGGCCAGUGAUAGAAGCUGUUUACACAAAAGAGGAAAUCUGUGAUCAGGAGUGGUGUGGAAGAAUAAUGGAGAUUACAGACCUGACAACUGUAGAAAGUAAAGAGAUCCCUGAACUUGAACCUGUCCACAUUAAAGAGGAGGCUGUAGAGCUGGAGUGUGAUCACAUCACACAGGAGGUUAGUAAAGAAAAUAAAGUCAAUACACUGGAGGAGAAUAUAGUUAAGAUGGAAUCUAGCUGCUGUGAGGAUUGUCCUCCUGAACAGAUCUGCAUGAAACCCAAUCAGCCUGUCUCUGAACACACUGGUUCUAGUGUUGGAGAAGAGGGCACUGUGCUGGGGUCCAUUCAGAGGAAACAUCACCCCCCUCAGGAAAGAGCUGCAGAUGGAAAGGAGGAAGGAGCGAUGCCGUCCACGAGCAGCACAGCCUCAGAUCUAGGAAGACGCACCUCCACUCCAGCACCCCAGAGCAAAAUCUCUUCUGAUGGGAAUCUGCAGCGUAAGCAGAAACACAGAGAGUCGACACCCCACGAUGAAUAUGUGAAGAAACUGAGAACUGACUCUGUUCAGAAUCUUUCUGCACAAGAUAGCCGACCACUUCCUGUGGGAUUUACAGCGACUCCACACCAGCGUAUUCACACAGGAGACAAACCCAAUCACUGUAUAGAGUGUGGGAAGACAUUCAGAUUUGCAACUGGAUUAAAACUACACCAGCAAACUCACACAGGAGAGAAACCAUACGAGUGUCCUGACUGUGGGAGGAGUUUUAAUCAGAAAUGUAACCUCCAAACACACCAGCGAAUUCACACAGGAGAGAAACCGUUUCACUGUGCAGAUUGUGGGAGGCAUUUUAAUCAGAAAGUUUCUCUUCAAAAACACCAGCUAACUCACAGUACAGAUAAACCAUUUCACUGUGCUGAUUGUGGGAAGACAUUCAGACUUACAACUGGAUUAAAACUACACCAACGUAUUCACACAGGAGAUAAAACAUACAAGUGUCCUGACUGUGGGAAGAGUUUUAUUGAGAAAAGUAACGUUCAAGCACACCAGCUAACUCACAGUACAGAUAAACCGUUUCACUGUGCUGAUUGUGGGAAGAGUUUUAAUCAGAAAUGUAACCUUCAAACACACCAGCGAAUUCACAAGGGAGAGAAACCGUUUCAAUGUGCUGAUUGUGGGAAGAGUUUUAAUCAGAAAUGUCACCUUCAAAAACACCAGCAAACUCACACAGGAGAGAAACCGUAUGAGUGUCCUGACUGUGGGAGGCGUUUUAAUAAUAAAGGUAACCUUCAAACACACCAGCGAACUCACACAGGAGAGAAACCGUAUGAGUGUCCUGACUGUGGGAGGCGUUUUAUUCAGAAAUCUAACCUUCAAUCACACCAGCUAACUCACAGUACAGAUAAACCAUUUCACUGUGAUGAUUGUGGGAAAGGUUUUAAUUGUAUAACUUUACUUGAAGCACACCAGCGAAUUCACAAGGGAGAGAAACCGUUUCACUGUGCUGAUUGUGGGAAGAGUUUUAAUCAGAAAUAUAACCUUCAAACACACCAGCGAAUUCACAAGGGAGAGAAACCAUUUCAAUGUGCUGAUUGUGGGAAGAGUUUUAAUCAGAAAUAUUACCUUCAAUCACACCAGCGAAUUCACACAGGAGAGAAACCGUAUGAGUGUCCUGACUGUAGGAGGCGUUUUACUCACAAAUCUAACCUUCAAUCACACCAGCUAACUCACAGUACAGAUAAACCGUUUCACUGUGCUGAUUGUGGGAAAGGUUUUAAUCGUAAAACUUUACUUGAAGCACACCAGCGAAUUCACAAGGGAGAGAAUCUGUUUCACUGUGCUGAUUGUGGGAGGCGUUUUAAUCAGAAAUGUGACCUCCAAACACACCAGCUAACUCACACAGAAUAGAAACCGACAGCUUUGAAAAUCCAUUUACAAACAUUAAUACUGAAGCUAAAUGGAAGAGACAUUUCAGUGAAAAACGAGGUGUAGUGUAGCCUGUUGAGGUCCCUCUAGGAGUAAGAUUUGACAGCAGAAGAAACCGGGAUACAGGCACACAUGAUCACGAUCCUGUAACUGACAAGUGUAUUUAUAUUCCAUUGUUAGAAACUUUAAAGUUUAUAUUUUGGAGUCCAGACAUUUGUAAUCCUAUUGUACAACCCUGUGAACAAAACACGGUUUAUAAAGAUUUCUGGUGACGGCAGCUGCUAUAGAAAUCAUCCACUUUUCUCUCGGCAUAGAAAUGCAUUUCAAAUACAACUUUACUAGGAUGACUUUGAAACUGCAAACCCAUUAGGAUCCAAGCAAGGGAUACAUCAAAUUGGAAGCUUAUAUUUUAUUCUUAGAAAUCUUUCACCAAAGGUAAAUUCAGCACUAAUGAAUAUUCACCUUGUUUCACUGUUCCACACACAAGAUAUUAAAAAGUAUGGAUUUAAUGCUAUACUACAACUUCACAUUGAUGAUUAAAACAUUCUUGAAAGUACUGGAAUUAAAGUUCCUUUUUCUGAAGAACCAAUUGAUGGUACAGUUGCUCAGUUCACAGGAGUUACCUUAGGGGUGCACACACUUCUGGGGUUCAGGGAAUCUUUCAGUUCAGUUUUUUUUCUGUAGACUCUGCUUGAUUGAUAAGAAUGCGUCUCAGUCAGUAUUCAGCGAUGAUGAUUCUAACAUCAUAUUACGUGACAGUGUUUUGCAUGAACAGCAUUGCAAUGAUCUGCUAGCAGACCCUACAUGACCCUCCUCCUUUGGAAUGAAGCGAUAUUGUUUGCUGAAUGACUUACAGUUUCUUUCUCAUUUCUGAUCAUUUUGCUUUUGAUAUUAUGCGCGAUGUCCUCGAAGGCGUCCCCCAGUAUGAAAUGAAGUUGCUUUUUGGCUCUCUCUCUGACAGUGUCAUCUCCAAGCAUGACAUCAUUGAUAGAAUUCACUCUUAGAAUUAUGGUUUGUUGGGGAGAAUGAAUCGUCCAAGGAUCAAUCUAGAGCAGUCUGGCAAUGGGAUAGAGCUCAACGCUAUGCGGGCAGCAGUGUGGAGUAGUGGUUAGGGCUCUGGACUCUUGACCGGAGGGUUGUGGGUUCAAUCCCAGGUGGGGGACACUGCUGUUGUACCCUUGAGCAAGGUACUUUACCUAGAUUGCUCCAGUAAAAACCCAACUAUAUAAAUGGGUAAUUGUAUGUAAAAUAAUGUGAUAUCUGUAUAAUGUGAAAUAAUGUAUAAUGUGAUAUCUUGUAACAAUUGUAAGUCACCCUGGAUAAGGGCGUCUGCUAAGAAAUAAAUAAUAAUAAUUGCAGAACAUCAUAAGCUUUUCAGAGAGCUAUACCCACAAUGCAUUUCGAUUCCAAAGCACCAUUUCAUGAUUCAUUAUCCCAGAUGCAUCAGAGAAAUAGAUCCAUUAUUGCAUUUCUGGGCAAUGAGAUUUGAGGCAAAGCACAAGUUUAUUAAAAACAGUGUCAAGAAUUUCAAAACUAUUACCAAAUCACUGGCCCAAAAACACCAAAUAGCUACAGCAUGCCACUGGGAGUCUUUAUCAAUAAAGACUAUUGAAUGUGGACCUCUUAAAACACAAGCUUUAAAUGAUUUUCCUGACUGUGAAAUUAUAGCGGAAAAACUGCAAGGUGGUUUGGAUUGUGACAUUAAUAUUACUUCUAGGAUUAGAUACUCAGGAACUGAAUAUCGGACCGGCCGUCUGAUUUGUAUAAAAAUAGAAGACAAAAUGCCUGUAUUUAGUAAAAUAACUGGAAUUGUUCGAGAAGCUGAACAAUAUCUUUUAGUGGCAUCUGAAUUUGAAACAGUUUGUUUUGUAGAACAUCUUCAUUCAUUUCAUGCGAGAGGAACUCGGAAAAACGUUCCAUUUGAUCUUCAGACUUCAUAGGGCUUUGAAGAACCUGAUUUGCAUGCGGUUCCAGUGAGUUAUUUAAUGUACAUGCCAACCACAACAUUGUAUUUUGAUUUUAAGUUCUAUAGUUUUGGAAUUGAAAUAAGUAUCGUGGCACUUUGAGGGCUGGUUAUGCAAUGGGAAUUUCUAUAAAUAUGGAGAUAUAAGGGAAGAUGUAAAUAUCACUCCUUCCACAGAAGGUGCAGGUUUGUCACUGCUUCCAUUGAAUUGAGGAGAUUUAGAAAUUGCAGCCAAAUGUGUGUUCACAAAGAAUGUCCAAAAUAUGAGAUCGAAAGGCAACCAAACCACUCACCGUGGACACAAACUUUUGGCUGUGAUGUCAAAAUCUCCCGAGUUAAAGUGAAGCAGUAACACAAUGUCAUGUUCUGGAGUUAAAUGCAUUUGUGUAAAUUAUUGAUUGGGCUACAGAAAUAUUACAAAAUAACCCAGGAUGGCAGUGAGGACAUUUCGAUUUGUAAAAUGAUAUUCAAGUGUACUUUUUUUCCUUUACCAGCAGUUAUUCUUGUGGAUGAACACUGUUGUCUAAAAGUAACUGACAUCCAAAAAUUAUAAACUGUACUUAGUGUCCAAAAGGUGUAUUUUGUGAAAUAAAUGCUUUGAU